GAGGAGACGAGGUGUUUCUUUUUUUAAAAGGAUGUCAGUGGAGGAGAGGCUUCACCACGCUGAAUAGGCAAAAUAAACUGCUUUCGUGGGAAAAGAAACAUCGUAUUAUUUAAUUUAAUGAAUCAACAGACUAAUGCAAAUCAUCGUUAUUUGCCAUUAACAUUUGUGUUGGAUUGAUCUAUAUGCUAUUUUAUAUCAGAAGUUACGGCACUGUUAAUUUAUUUCUAUGGUAUGCGCAAAAAGUAAUUGACUUUUGCUUCAAUGACGUUAAGGCUGUAAUUAGUAUGAUAGGUAAGGCACACAUCCAAGUUGACCGUUACGCUUUCGCCAAUGGUAGAGCCGCGGAGGUUAAUAUCUCCCGAAAUUUAGACCAUCUCUGCUCAGACUCGAAACAACAGGAAGACAGAACCGGAAAUAGUAGAAGAACAAAGAAAAUGAAAGUGUCUGUAUCCACUAUAAAUGAUUUUUGCAAUUUCAAAAGAAAGUAUAUAAUGUGGCAGUAUUUAAUAAAGUAUCAUGUGAGAAAGGGGAAUAGAACUUGUAAAAAAUAAAUCACGGAUAUCUCUGGGAGAACAGAUGAGAAACAACUGAUUGAUCAAUAUCACGCAAGCAUUGCAAAAUGUAUGUAAUAGCAAGGAUACUAACAACCAUUGCUUUGUUUCACCUAGGAUUGUGCAUGGACUUACCUGCCCCUGUACAUCUGGUCCUGUCUUCACAAUACUUUGUCCACUUGUUGUCCUGGAAAAUGGGGCCAGGCUCUCCUGAUGGUGUCCACUAUACAGUCAGCGUGCAUGCACUCAAUGGUGGGGAGGUGGUGGUGAAGGAGUGUGAUAAGGUGGCAUUCCCUCUGCAAUGCAAUCUCACAGAAGCCUUUUCUGAUGUGGAGGACACCUAUUACGUCAGUGUGUCUGCUGCUCUGGGCAACCGCACCUCACCAUCUUCCUUCUGCGACCCAUUCAAACCCAUUUAUAACACCACCUUUGAGCCUCCGCUGCUGACAGUAACUGCAUGUAAUCAGUCGCUCUGUAUAAGUCUCAGAGCACCUGCUGAGAAACUCUACAGCAUCUACAAUUCAUUCAAUUUCUACUAUAGGUUGAUGGUCAGCAGUGAAGAUAGAGCAGAGAUUCAUGUGGAUACUGAAGGGUUAAAGAAUGUGACCCUAAAGGACCUGCCCCCUGGCCGAAGGUACUGUGUGAAUGUCAGUAUCAUUAAUCUCAGCCCUCCCAGUAGACCAGCAGUAUGUGCUUCCAUUCCCGAAAGAGCAAAUGUUUCAGAUGCCAUUAUCUCUGUUAUUCUGUGUCUGCUGAUGCUGCUGUUACUGAUGUGCACACCAAGAUUUGUCUCUCGCUGUUUCUGUCUAAAAAGAGAUCUUCCUCCAGUUCUGAGUUCAUUUGAGAGUAGGGAUAAAGUUCUUCUUGUCACUGCUGGUGAAUCCAUUAACAAGCUCUGUGAGGAGAGAAACUCCAUCGAAAAGUUGAAGACAAACAGAGAGGAAAAUGACAUGGAAGAAGAGGCAGAAGAGGUUUUGAAAUAUGAGAGACUAGAGGCAUACUAUCUGAACACUCGAGGUUCCCCGCUCUCUGUUUUUCCAGUGUCAUCUAGCUCUGGUUUGCUUAUGAAUCAAAUUCCAGAUACAAGCCUUGCGUCUUCCACAGAUGCUCACAGUGGUAGUCUGAUUGUGUUUGAAGGCAGCCAUAUCCAUACUGAACCAACAGCCUCUCCUAGGCUCCUUAAAGCAACAAGUGCACUUCAGAGUUUAAGUUCUGUUUUUCCCACACACGUGGAGAAUGAAGACGGAGAGAGCAGUACAGAUGUAAACCUGUUUUCUGUCAUGUUAGGAGGAGUUUCUGAUAAAGCUGAACCUGAUAAAACCUGCAUUACUGAAGAUGUGCAACAAUCCUGUCCUCAGCACCUGUUACAGACUUGUGCUACAUCUACCUGGAUUUCUGAUUCACAGUCCCAAAACUCUCAAAAGUCCAUUCAGAUGAACAUUUUAGAGGAAUAUGAUGAUGAUGAUUCAGGGUACUUAAGUCGAAAUUAGAUUCCUGAGAAAACGAACAUCCUUUUACAUCAAUUGAGACUGAGAGUAGAUCUGGGAAUCUAAAAGCACAUGCAAGCAUUCUGAAAUUCUGAUAAUAUAUAGAGAUGUAUACUCUAUUUUUAUUUCUUGAUUGAUUUUUUGCAUUUUAAGUGUUUUUAUUAUUAUUAUUAUCUUUCAAUAUGCAUUUCAGUCUGAUGGAAAUCAUGGCAUACCAACAUGUAUUACUCUUAUUUGUCUGGAAUACCCAUUAGCAUUGGGAUUGUAGUUCUUUCCCUCAUUAAAGCAUUAAGUAAACAGUCUUGUACCUUUGUCAUUUUUGUCUGAUUUUUAAAAACUUUGUACUGUUGUGUUUCACCUCAUAGCCGGUUGGCUUGGUUCAUGACUUGUAGAGCUUCAACAAAGGCUUUUAAAAAAAUCCCAAUGGGAUUUUAAAACGAAUGGAAAAAAUAUCAUUCAUUCAUUGACUGUUUAAGGAUAUCAUAGUGUUACGAAUUACAAAUUAAACCCCUACUCAAAGAGAAAAUACAUUUUUCCACUGAAACAAGGUCCAGGACGUAAGCAACCAAAAGUACAAUUACAACUAAACCAUUACUUUAAUCAAUGGUUGACAACAAAUGUCUCAGUUAGCGAUGCUUUCACAUACACACGUUGAACAGUGGAAACAACAAAGCCACCAGGAGAGCGGGGAGCCAACAAUUCCUUCCACCAGAUGACUUGAAUACUGCGGCAAUCCUUCCUGUCACCAACCAGCUCAGUCCUCCUAAUCAGCUUCACCUGUAAACAAUUAGAGCGAAAGAGGGAGAGACAGAGAAACACAGGAAAAGACCUACGCACGCACACACAUAAGCAAAUGAUAUACCAUUUCUCUAGAAACACGCGAAUCCAUUCGUAACAAUAGGAAUAAAUUAGGAGUGCUGUGAAUUGAAUCCCACUUGCCGCAAAAACUCUUGUGACCUUCUUAUAAAAUGGCUUUUUUUUUCAUUGUAGACUCUCGCUCUUUUCUCUUUCCCUGCAUACCGCCAAAACUGCAGUGUUAGCCUUUCCUGUUUUGCUUUUUUGGCUAAAGGUUGCAGACUUGCCUUCUAGUGGCUUUGAAUAGUUUCCAAGAGUGUGAUUAUAAAUCCAGUGAGGCUGUAAAAGUGCACUACUGAGUAGAUGAGAUUUCCUGUCCUGUGUUUAAUGGCCCCAAUGACCUCUGUAGUCUCAUUUAGCCACUUGUUAGCAACCGCUUUUUUCCAAGACAUUACUGCUCCUCCCAAAACAUACCAGUGUGUUAAGACCAUUUCUUGUAGACAGCGGUACUUAAGGAAAUCUUGCAAGAAGAUCAGGGUGCCUUCUGUAGCCGAAAUGAGCCCGUGGUAGGAAGUGUGUUCACACACUACAUACUAUGUAUUUUUCUAAAGUCAGAUAUGCAUCUUACUCUUAGAUUCAUCUUUAAGAUUUUGAUGUCUUGUAUUGAUUUGAUAUCUUUGAAUUGGCUAUGUAAUUUUGCAUUACAUAUUUAUCUGACUGAUAAUAAAUUGUUACAUUUGAAUUUA